CUCAAAAGGCAAGGGAGGGAGGGACCGAGAGAGAGAGAGAGAGAGAGAGAGAGAGAGGGAGAGAUUUCCGUUUGUUAACUUUGCCUACAGGAAUCGCUCGACGCUUCGAACCGACCAACGAAUCAUCCGAAGAGAAGAGACGAGAAGAAAGGAGAGGAUUGCGAUCGGAUUUCGCUGUGGAGGUAUGGCGUCGGACGACCCCUUGGACAACGGCAUCGACGGGGACGACGAGAGGAAGGAAGACGACGACGCCGAGGAAGAGCCGAGGCUCAAGUAUCAGAGGCUGGUAGGCAGCGUGCCCUCCCUCCUCUCCAAUGACGCCACGGCCUCCAUCGCCGUCGCCGAGCGUAUGAUCGCUCUCGGCACCCAUGACGGCACCGUCCAUAUCCUCGAUUUCCAGGGCAAUCAGGGCCUUGUCGGUCUGUGUUUUCUGCAAUACAUGGUUCAUCGCCCUGAAGCAUCAGCACCUGUGGGUGUGUCCAAGAGGGGCCCAGGUGGCCAUAGGUGGUUGAGCAAGGUAGCUCAGUAGAAAGGUGGAAGCUAUUUGA